CGCGGUCUGUCAAGCUGUCAAGGGUUAAUCUUGACCAACUCAGGAGCUGGAUAGGGUAUAUAGGUCCCGAGUAAAUAUUGUAGUGAUAGAAACAUCAUGCAUUGUUAUGGCACCCAGAAGCGGUAACCAUGGUCACCCGAGAGGCACAAGUUCAUGACUAUUUCGCCAACUAGUCGUUCCUAAUCACUUGCUAAUCAUUUGUGGAAGAGGUAGUGGUAUAACCAGUCCCACCCUGUUGCAGAGUUGCUGAAAAUUGUCUUUGAAUUCUCUUGUAAAAAAAAACCGCCCCAGAUUCGUCAUAUAAAUAGAUUAAAGUCAAUUUAAUAGAUAUCGAUAUGGCAAGACCUGCAAACACCAUUCUCGUGAUAUUUCUGCUUGGUGGAGUGUCAACAGUGUUUGCUCAACGAACAUGCUAUGAAUGUUCAGGAACAUACCGGAAAGAUUCCGAUGAGAAUCAGAACGAUUGUUUUACAACAAAUGCUGACACACGCACACAAGAUAGUUGUAAUGGACAAUGUUCGACUUCGAUCAGUCUCGGGGUUUCCAGCAUCAGCAUUGUGCGAGGAUGCCAAAGAGACAAUGCCCUUGAUGACUGCAACGACUGCAGCAACAAGGAAGACUGCCUGCUCUGCUGCAACUCGGACAGAUGCAACGGCGAUCGCUUGCUGACCCUCUUGGAGGACAAGGCCCUGACGCAGACCUGUUACUCGUGUAGAUACAGUGAGAUUCCAGGAGUCAAGUCCUACAGUUCCUGCGCUCGCGGCAACUUCGAGGAAAGUGGAACCGGUGUGGAAACGAUGCACUGCCACGGAAUGUGUUACAGCUCCUUGUCUUACAUCAACGGAGUGGAGGACAUCGUCAGAGGAUGUGCGUACUAUGGUAAUGGAUGUGACGUCCAAUACUCGGACGGCGACUGCGGGCGGAACGGUAUCAACGAGCGCAACGAAGUCCAUUUCAGGCGAAGCUGCUGCAUGGGUGAUAAGUGCAACAGCGCCAUCACUUUCACCCCGGGGCUACUAACAUUGGCAAUCUCAACCGUAUUUGCCGUUAUUUUCUGUCGAGGCGUUUAAAUAUUGGAAAUGUUGUCAUUUUCAUGCCUCCUUAUAACCAUUAGACCUCAAAUAGUGGUAAUUCAUUUCAAAAGGCACUAAGCAGUCUCUUGUUACUUACAGUCGAUCUUUCAUCGUGUGUGUAGUUUUAUACCCGAAUAGUGCGUGUCACAAUUCCAAUAUAAUUAUAGUAUACGAAAAAAUAUGAAUGUGUCUGUCCGAAAAAAGUUAAAAAUAAUUAUAAAGGAUAUGAAAUAAAAGUUUCUUUCAUUUAUUUAAGAAUUUUACAUCACAAUUUAAUUUGAUCGCGUGCCGAUGACAAAUCUGCGUAUUUUUGCGUUCCUAACCGGUCCCCAUCUCAAGCUUUAUAAGGACUGAAAAAAUAAGGAUACACUGCAAAAACUCCUGUGUUGAUUUAACACCAGCUCGGAAUAUAUAUUUCCACACCAGAGAAGUAU